GUUUGAAGCUGAAAGCGUUGGCCGCCUUUGCUAUGCUUUGCUGUUUGGUGGCGUGUCGCGGCCGUGAGACGGAAUAGGAGCUGACGGCCAUCUGCGUACAAACGCCUCACUCGGCCACUGGUGAUCAAAGACUGCGUCUGCUGGGAGCAGCUCGAACGUAGGAGUGCAAAGCCGACGGCCAUCGAUACUAGGGACUCGCGACGUCGGCAGGCAGGAAGGAAGGAAGGCGUGACGUCACACCUGGCCCACCGAGGUUUCCCGGGAAAGACAGCGGUUUGGUGAUUGCCAUGUCUGGUCAUGCCGGCGGGCCGGCACCGAAGAAGAUGAAGCAAGUUCUUCUGGGCCAAUGGCUGCAGCAGUCCGAUGGGUCGAAACCGGCGGCCGUCAACGACAGCGCGGCUCCCUCGCCGGCCAGGAGUCCGUAUGGGAGCGGAGGCUACGGGAGCGGAGGCGGCGGAGGCGGCAGCAGCGGCGGCGGCGGCGGCGGCGGCGGGGAUGCGUGGACCAAGUACCAGGCUCCUCGUGGGGGGCACCGCUCGGGUUCCUCCGCACAGGACCAGAGGUCAGUACACAGCAACAGCAGCAUCACCAUCGGCUCGUCCUACAGCAAAGGCGUCGAACGUGCAGCAGCCAAACAUAGCCAUUCCUCGGCAAGAGGCGGGCAGACUUUUGACGCCGGCGGGGGGGGAUCCGCCAUUGACCUUUCCGCCGACGACAAUGGCGACGUUGGGAAGGGUAUAGAGGCGGGAACGGCAGGAGGGGAAGCGGAGGCGAUACCCUACCCGGCCGGGCUGGGGGACAUACUGGAGGGUCUCUGCGAGGAGCAAAGGCACGUGAUCGACCUCGUGCUUAAGGGGAAGUCGGUGUUCUUCACGGGGGCGGCGGGGACAGGCAAGAGCUUCCUGCUCAAGAAGCUGCACCAGGCGCUAAGGCAAGCUGAUCAAGGAGCGACGACGUUUAUGACGGGGACCACAGGCAAAGCGGCCGUGGGUAUCGGGGGGUGCACCAUCCACAGCUUCGCAGGAAUCGGACUCGGCAAAGAUUCCGUAGAGCAGCUGGUGGGUCGAGUGAAGCGGAGCCGGAACGCUCAGAAGCGGUGGGCCCAAUGCAAGGUUCUGGUGAUCGACGAGAUCUCCAUGAUGGAGGCCGACCUUUUCGACAAGCUCAACCUUGUCGGGCAGAGGGUGAAGGGCAACGGCCAGCCUUUCGGAGGCAUUCAGCUCGUGCUGUGCGGGGACUUUUUCCAGCUGCCUCCUGUCGGGAUUGGCCGCGGAAGCACUCGCUUCUGCUUCGAAGCAAGGACUUGGGACACCUCGAUUGACCAGUCGAUCGUGCUCAAGCAGGUGUUCAGGCAGAAGGACCCCUUCUUCCUCAAGAUCUUACACGAGAUGAGGGAGGGCCGCGUCAGCUCCGAGGCCGAGCAAGUUCUGGCCGACAAGGUCGAGCAGUGCCGCUUGGAGCGCUACCAGCAAAUCAACGCCAAAUCAACCGGCGGAAUUUCCGCCGCCGCGCCCGCAGAGUCGGGCAGCGGGGGAGGGGAAGCUUCGUCGCCGGCCCCUCCGUCCGUGGGGGGGGGCGGCGCGCGGGGCGGCGCGGGAGAGGGGGGGGGUGGCCCCCCUGCGGAGCCUUCUGCGGUUGCACCGCCUCCGCCGCCGCCCCCGUCAUACACCCGUCUGUUCAGCAGGAAUGAGGACGUCGACAGGCUCAACGUGGAGGAGCUUCAGAAGCUCCAAGGACGAGCCGAGUUCUACGAGGCGGAGGACAAUGGGGAUCAGAUGUACCUCACCCAGCUCCAGAAGCACUGCGCUGCGGGACAGACGAUCGAGCUGAAGGUCGGGGCGAAGGUGUUGCUCCUCAAGAACCUGGACUCGUCCAGCCAGCUCGUCAACGGGGCGACGGGAGUCGUGAAGGAGUUCGUAGAGGCGUCCGGACGGAGGCUGCCCAUGGUGGAGUUCGACACGAUUGAAGGGGGCGGCAAGGUGGUUAGCGUCAUCAGCGAGGAGGAAUGGACCGUCAGCCUAGGCGACAGGGAGAUGGCGCGCCGAGUCCAGCUGCCGCUUCGGCUUGCUUGGGCGUUGUCCGUGCACAAGUCACAGGGCAUGACCAUUGCCCACGUGAUGGUGUCUACUCGGGGCAUGUUCGAGUUCGGCCAGGCGUACGUGGCUCUAUCGCGGGCGACCACUCUGGAUGGGCUCCACCUUGUGGAGUUCCAAAAAGGCGUCGUUAAGGCGCACGAGAGCGUGAAGAAGUUCUACGCCGGUCUCGAGAGGAGAGCUGCCCACGGGGGCUCGAGCAGCGGGGUCACCACGGCUCCGCGCCAGGGAAAGGCGGUGCCCAAGCCAGGAGAGUGGGUCUCCCGCUCUUCUUCAACUGCGACAGCGGCCUCACGUUCGGCGACAGCAGCCCCUUCGAUUUGGACGGGGGCAGCGGCCUCUCGUUCGUCGACAGCGGCAUCUCGUUCGGCGACAGCAGCCUCUUCAGCAUGGACAUCGGCCUCUCGUUCGGCGGCAGCGGCUUCUUCGACUUGGACAGCAGCCUCUUCGACUUGGACAGCGGCCUCUCGGCGGUACGACUCGACCACGGUUGGCGGCUCGUCGCCCUCUGGGCGGGUCCCCGCGGCUGCUAUCAGAGGGCACACACCCGGAGGCGGCGGCGGUCGCGGAGCGGCGACGGGAAUGUCGCCCGCAGCGCGGGCGCGAAUGGAAGAGAGCAGGAGGCGCGCACUGGAAAAGCUGGCUGCCAAGAAGCGGGCGAAGGUUCUCGAGACUGCCUCUUGCGCGGAAGAUGCUUGGGUUAUUGAGUGAUGGAGGGUGCCAGUGGGGUUUCAUUUGACAAGGGGACGCACCUGAACUCCGGGUUGGGGCCUGUGGGCCUGCACUUCGACUGGGUUUAUCGCCCUGGGUCAACAGGCUCUAGCCCCACAUGUUGCGUGGGGCUCCCGGUUUGCUCAGCUUCCCUGUUGUAAUGGAUUUUUCACGACAGUUCGAACCUGGCAGCUGGAUUUCUCGAGUGCCUUUGCAAAUCAUGUCCGUAGUUUGGUGUAUCGGUGUGGUAUAGAUGGUGUCGGGCCAUUCGGUAUUGGUCGAGACAGCGGCGUACAUGCGGGCUACUGCUGUACGAUGUCCGCGAGUGUCCCAGGUGUCUGCUCGCGUUUGAAUAUUGUUUGGGUUGGUAUUAUUUGUCCCGAAGCCUAACCGUCGCUCGUGCGAUGAAACGGUAGGGAAUUCCGUCAAGUGAUUGUUGUUGUAGGCAUCAUUUUCCUUGCAAACCCCUUUCAGCGCCAAUGGUCAUAGUCCCAGGGAUGCGUGUAGUGCGGCGAUCAUUGCCCGUGGGUUGCUUCGACUCACACAGAACCAUCUU